GUGCUUUACAGCCCAAGAUGAAGGCCAGCCAUGUUGCAGGUCGUGCAUUGCAUGUCAUGUGAAAAACUGGGCAUGGAGACACAUGGGAGCUUCACCUCGUUCCUAGUCCUGGUCCUUAACGUCACUGCAUCCUGGGAUUUGCAGUCCUGUCCUCGAACUUCUAUCCCUAAAACGAAUGCCGAAACCACAACUCCCAGCAUUCCUCUUGCCCAGGGCAGCUUCAGAGCGCAUCUUCUCCAGGGGUGGCCAAGAAGGGGACCGCGACCUAGGCGAACAGGCUGGCCAGAGGACCCGCCUCCUGGAAUCUGGCGGCGCUGCGUGAUUGGCUGGAGUCUCAAAAUGGGGGAGGGGAGGGAGCGCCAGUGGCUGGAGGGGGGCGUGUCUGCGCGUGCGGUUCGGUGGCAGCACGGCCCGGGCCGGCACAGAGGGAUCACAGGCAGCUCCCUUAGUGGUAGCAGCAACAGCUAUAGCAGAAAUGGAGAUGCAGUCCUAUUACACGAAGCUCUUGGGAGAGCUGAAUGAGCAACGAAAGAGGGACUUCUUCUGUGAUUGUAGCAUCAUUGUGGAAGGACGGAUCUUCAAAGCCCACAGGAACAUUCUCUUUGCCAACAGUGGAUACUUCCGAGCUCUGCUGAUCCACUAUAUUCAGGACAGUGGGCGGCACAGCACAGCCUCUUUGGACAUUGUGACUUCUGAGGCCUUCUCUACUAUCCUGGAUUUCCUCUAUUCAGGAAAAUUGGAUCUGUGCGGGGAGAAUGUAAUUGAGGUUAUGUCAGCUGCCAGCUACCUACAGAUGACAGAUGUGGUGAACUUCUGCAAGACUUAUAUCCGCUCCUCACUUGACAUCUGCCGGAAGAUGGAGAAGGAAGCUGCGGCUGCAGUGGCUGCAGCUGCAGCUGCAGUAGCUGCUCACCAGGUUGACAGUGGGAGUUCUGUAUCUGGCCGGGAGGUGACUUCUUGUGGUCCAAAAAACCAGUGCCCCAUCCUGAUGCCCUUGCCAGAAGAAAGAGAACAGGUUGGGAACUGCCACCAAGAUACCUCUUGUGAGGGCUGUACCAGCUGUCACCCAUUGGAGCUAGUGGUAAAAGGUCCCCCUGGCAGUGACUCUGUGGAUGACCUCCCUUCCCUGCCUAAAGGGACAGAACCCAAAGUGGAGUUUGACUCUGAUGAAGUGGAGGUUGAGGUUGAAGUUGGUGACCGGCUGCAGCAAUACUCAGCCCCACUGGCCCUGGAACCCAUGGAGGGAGUUCUUCCUGGGAGCCAGGCCUUGGACCUGGCCUGUAAUAAUUACCACAUGAAGCAGUUUUUGGAAGCUCUUUUGCGCAACAGUACAACCCAGAGCAAAGAGGAUGCUGCCCACUUUUCUCGAGGUUUUGAGAGCAGACCAGAGGAAGGAGUGGCUGUGAGCUCUAUGAUGGAUAUCCCAAGUGACUGGUAUGGAGAAGAUACAGGUGAUGUGCUGGUGGUUCCCAUCAAACUCCACAAGUGCCCUUUCUGCCCAUACACAGCCAAGCAGAAGGGCAUCCUCAAAAGGCACAUCCGCUCUCACACUGGGGAGAGGCCCUACCCCUGCGACACCUGUGGCAAGAGGUUCACUCGACAGGAGCACCUUCGGAGCCAUUCCCUGAGUGUCCACCGCUCCAAUCGACCAAUCAUUUGCAAGGGUUGCCGGAGAACCUUCACAAGCAGCCUGUCCCAGGGGUUGCGGAGGUUCGGCUUAUGUGACAGCUGCACAUGUAUUACGAAUCCACAGGAUGAGUCAGUACCCAUCAACCUGAGCCAGAUGGAGGCAUCCUCUGAGGGUCCGGAGAAGGGUGAACCAGACAGUGACUGGCCCAUAUAUGUGGAGUCUGGUGAAGAAAACGAUCCCACAGGAGAUGAUUCCGACGACAAGCAACAACUGCAUCGAAGCCUUCUGGACCGAGAGGCCCUGAUGUAGCAGUAAAUGGGGAGAAGGAGGAUUUUUAAUGCUCCCCUCAUGACUGGUUAUUCUAUGGUUCAAAACCAUCCAUGGACUCAGUUUUAUGGAAGCCUAAGAAGAAUUUUUAAAAUAAUGACUACAUUUACAUUUUUAAUAGAACACAAGGAAGGGUUUGGCUUUUCUGAUUCUGAUUUUUUUUUUUCACUUUUCAGUGCUGUGCACUUGAAUUCUGAGGUAUUUCUACCGGGCAAAUCCUCAUUCUGGUCAAGCCGUGGCUGUGUUUUUCAGCUUCUUUUUCUCACUGCUGUGUUCAAAUCCUGACUAGGAGAGAAGAUGGUUCUCUUCGUAGGUAGGAAAGAGUCUCCUCAUUUGUUUUCUUAUUUCUUUCCCAAGGGACUACCAGAGUCUCUGACCUCCCUCUCCUACAUACAUAUAUGAACACACACACACACACACACACACACACACACACACACACACACACACACAUUCUUUGAUCCUGCAACUAUUAUCCUUUUUCUGAAAAAAGAUGUCAGUUUGCUUUCAGCCCAAUUUGGGAGGUUAGCUAAACUGUUCAGCUAUGACCUCUUUUGAUGAUGCCUUCAUUAGUCAAUUCAGAUUCUAUGAAUUCUAAAUUUUGUUUUAUGCUGAGGGUUUAAAUGAACAGUUAAUUAUGGAAACCAAUGAAACACUUGAAUGGAAAAUAAGAUGUUCUUCUAUAGGUGAUAGAUAAGGAAGCUGGGCUAGGUGAUAGCUAAGUCUCCUCCCAACUCUAGGUUUCCAGGAUUCUGUAAUCUCAAGAUUUGAAGGUUUUAAGGUGUUAAUACCUUAGACUUUAUGGGCUUUAUGACUCUAGGAUCCCAGGUUUUCAAGAUUCCAAAGGAAUCUAAACUUCUAGGACUCCAAUAUUCUACAAUAUGUUGAUUAUGUAGUUAAGCAUGGAAAACACAGAAAACAGUUUUCAAUACUAAAUCAAGGACUCUUCUACUCUUUCUGUAUGAGGACAAAUCAUAAAGCAAGCCUUAUGCAGAGAGCAGCAAAGCCCCUGCAGCAGUUCUCAGAAUGUUAAACCUGAAUGAGAUCUUAAACAUCAUCAAUUCCAAACCCCUCAUUUUACAGAUAAGGAAACUGAGGCCUAAAAAGGCCAGAUGAUUUGCCCCUAUUCAUACCACAAAUAAGUAAUUCUUCCAACUUUUGGUAUUUGGUGGCCCCAUGCACACAGUGCAUGCUUUGUGAUUCUAGAACAUGUAGAUCCAAAGCACAUAGAUCAUAGAAGUUCAUUUUAUAGAUCAAGAAACUGAGUCAUAAAGAAUAUGUUAUUCAAGGUUACAUAGAACAGAGGUUCAAACUCAAAUGCUCUGACUCCAAACCUCACAUUCUUCCCAUUGUACUGGGCCAGUCAGGCCAUAGUGACAGGAGUCAAGGUAUUAACCUGAUUCCCUUCCACCUCCUGCUUCCAGGACCUAUUGCUACAUAAGCUAGAAAGGUAGCUACCACAGAGAUUUCUUGGGUUUCACUUAGGUAUAGAAUGUUAGACAAACUAAAAGUCUAAACUUUUAAAAAGCAAGUUUUAGUGCCCUGACCCUGUGACCUUUACAGAGGUUCCACAAGAAAGAUAGGGAAGUGCCCAGGGAGUAGAGAAAUGCUUGUGAAACCCACUAUCCUCUUUGCCGUCUUCUUGGUCACUCUGGUGUAUAAGGCUGUCUAAAGUGUUAAGAAAAUCUUGGGUAAUAAGGCCAUCUUUUGUAAUUGUAUUCUCCCGAAGGUAGUAUAGUUACUUUGUUCUUUGCAUCCUGAGUGCAAAAUCAACUAUAUGCCUUAUGGAAUUAGCUAGGAACCUAGAAAUGAUUUAUUAGUAAAUUACUUUAAAACAGUAAGUCACUGCAAAGAGUCACUGCAUGGUGUGGAAAGAAAAAGCUAGAGCCCUGGCUGUUGGAAGAAAAAAUUAGAGGAAGCUUUGCCGUCAGCAAAUGAUCCAAUGUCAGAAAUAUUUUCCUUAAUAUAAAAAAACACUCUUUCCUGUUGCUUAAAGGAGAGAACUUAGCAAGACAGAGACCCCAAAUGGGGGGAGGGAGUGGAAAUACAAAAGGCAGUUUUCAAUGAUAAAACUUGGAGUAACUUCUCUUUGGUUAUUUCUAAUGUCUGAGACUUUUCUACCUCACAUUCCAGUUUCUGCACCUAUUUUGGCCUGAUAUAAGAUCAUAGUCCUGUUUGGGAUCUUAUAACCUGUCUGUAUUCCUGGGUAUUCCCUAAAGACAUAAAUGUCUUUUUGGGUACUUCUUAUAAGAUCAGUAGGAUGGAGAAUGUGUCCUGGAGAUGGAAGAAUGUCAGUCAGUAUUUUGUCCCUUUCAUACCCUAUAUUCCAUUUUCAGAAUCAGAAUGCUUCACAGACCUUCCCUAAUUCUGCUCCUCCAAAGCCUUGGGAAAUGGCUAGCUCCCUUUUUGCAGAGGUACAGGUGGCAGGAGACUAGCCCAAGUUGAUAGUUCAGUUCAGGUUUAGGAAGCAGAAUUAAAGAAAUCCUAGCUCUGAGGUGUGUCCUCAGAGCAGUCAAUGGAUCAUUUACCGAAUUUGAAACUAGCAGAAUGGCUAGGAGAAAAUGGGACGUAACAUUUCAUCCUUGAAAGAUUUCCCCAGAAUAGGGGUCCUUUCCAUAAACAAUGCUUCAAAGCUUGUUACGGCCAUAGAUGGCCCUUUAUUUUCCCUUCCUCUCAAUUCUGAAGAGCAGCAUCCUCAGCUGUAAUUCUGCUCAGUUCGCUGAGUUCUGUCAUCUUGCUGGAGGAGGUGUGGUUUUUUGUCUGUAAGGUAAUGUCUGUUUGUUUUAAAUUACUGUCCACAUUAUGGUCUUCAUAAGGAGUAAACCCACAACUGUGCCAGCACAAGCCAGUAUAGUUGAAAUUUUGUGUCCCACAAGGAAGUCUUCAUGACUCCUUUCCUUUCUGUACAUUCAUUCAGUCCAAGUUCACAAAGAAACUUAAAAAAUGUAAUUGUAGAAAUGAUGAGCAGAGGAGAAGAAGGAGGGUUUGUGUGUGAGUGAUGGAAUUUGAAAGUGGGUCAGUGGAUAUGGGAACUCUUAAGAGAUUGGCCUCCCAAUGCUUGGGGUGGGGUGGGUUUGGAAUGUAAAUACAGAUUAGUUGUACUAGACUAAGAAAUCCUACUGUCUGGUCAUUUGGCCAAGAGAUGCUGCUAGGUGUAAAUAUUUGAGUGGUCACUAAACAUAGAACAUCCCUAAUGUGCUAAUACAUGUUCUACUGUAGAAUGAAAAAUUUUGACCAUCCAAAGUCAUGUCAAGCUGACCAUGGAGAACUUCCAGGGGAGAUGAUGCAGUCAUACUUGACUCACAAGGGUAGUGGGGAACAGGUAGGAAAACCUACAUACAGCAAAACUGAGACUACGGGGGAAUUUGGGAAAACCUAUGAGGCAACUUAGAUGAUUUCAUUUAUAAGCCUAGAAAUCUUCUUGCACAGAUUGCAGAAUGAUCCUUGUGAAAUUUUGUGGGGAUGCUGGGCCAGAGGCUUGGGUUAAGAGAAACGUUUCCAUCAUACUCUGAUCAGAGUUCAAUAGCUCAUCUUCCUGGGUCCUGGCUGUGUUGGCUUUGCGUUUUCCUGCAGAGGUCAUCUUCCCUUUUGGAAGAGGAUACACUUUACUGUCUGGUUUGCUCUGGGAUAUGUUUGCAUUGAUUGGAUCCCUCAUACUGUUUUCAGUCCAUCAAGUUCUCCUGCUUCCAGCUAAAUUCUACUGCCUUUCCUUCAUGGGGUUGGAAAAAGACAUCCUUCCUCUCACAUGGCACUUUCGAGAAAGGAGAGAAACAACCUUGAGUGUAGAUGGGUUGGUUUGUGCCUAAUGUGCCGUUUUUGUGAGAUGGGAAAGAAAGCCCACCUUCAAGUGGCAAAUGGAAAUGCAUGGUACUUCCCCAAGAAGAAAGAGGCACCUGAAUAGUGCAUUAGACUUGGAGUCAUAAAAAUCCUGCCUCAUACACCAGCUGUGUGAUGCUAGACAAGUAUCCCGCCCUCUCUAAGCCUUAGUUUCCUCAUCUGUAAAGUGGGAACAUAAUAGUACAUAUCUUGAAGGUUUGUCAUGAGGAUGAAAUAACAUGUGCAAAGUACUUAUAAGCCUGAAAGUCCUAUAUAAAUGUUCACUAUUAUUAUCCUCGAUAUCCAAAGUGGGCAUUUAUGGGUGAGAAAGUAUGGCAUAGUAAUAAGGACACUGAACUUGAAAUAGCAAUAGACCUGAGUCUAGUCUGAACUCUGACAGUUAUUAACUGUUUUCUUUGUCUGGAUCCAAGUUUUGUAAUUAGAAAAAGAGAUUAGGUUUAUUCUUUUUAGCUUUAGAAGAAUGGAACUAAGAGCAAUGGGGAGAAGGUGCAAAGAGGGCAGUGUAAGAAAUAAUGCUUUCUGGAAACACUUCCUAACAAUGAGCUGUUGGGAAAGUGGAAUGAGCUUCUUAGAGGGGGGGGGUUCCCCCUCCUUGAAGGUCUUUUAUUUUUAUUUUUAUUUUUUGGAGUUUAGAUUUUUUUUUAAUUUGGAAAUUUUUAUUUAAUUAAUUAAUUUGGAAUUUUUUCCAUGGUUACACGAUUCCUAUUUUUUACCUCCCCUCUCCUCAUCCCCUUCCCGUAGCUGAUGCACAGUUCCACUGGGUUUUACAUGUUUCAUUGACUUGAAGGUCUUUUGGCAGAGGCUAGAUGACUACUUGUCUAGUAUAUUAUAAGAGAGAUUAUUACACCUUUCACUUAAGUAUGGGGUGGACCAAGAAGUCACUGAAGUCGCUUUCAAAUAUCCCACUUUGGGACUGACUGACUCAGAAGAGUGCUAUCUGUGCGUAUCCCCAUCUCUCGAGGCUAUUGUGAGAAGCGUGAUUUUUAAACUGUUUAUAGAAAUAUGCCCUAUAGAAACGUGACGUAUUAUUACUAUUAUAACGACCACUCGUGCUCUACAUGAACAUUGUAAAAAUUAAUUUUCUGCUGCCUCAAGGCUUCUAAUGAACUAGCCUUUCACUUAGAACUAGACUGUGCCACUUAGGAUAUAGCUGUUUCUAGAAGGGGAAUCUAAGGUCCAGAGAAGGGACGGAACUCUCCUAUGGUCACGCUGACCCAAGUAACGGUAGAUCUGGGAGCAGAACCUGUAUCUUCUGUGACUGCUGGUCUAGUACUUCUCAUCACAUUGUGCUGCUGUCCCGGGAGGACACCAGUGAACUCCUUUGGGGGAGGAGGCCCGCUCGUGUGCGAGGCGUUUUCUGUUUAGCAGUUCCAUUAUAGGCGUGAAGAUGAGUAAGAUGUUCAGAAAACACGUUUGGGGGCCCAAACAUUUGUCCUGAGUUGAACAUGGCCUGAGUCAGUUUUAAUGUUGAACAAGGAAGGUGGGGCUGAAGAACCAAAUAACAGUAGCGUAUAUUUCUAUAGGUUUGAGACUUUGCUGUGUGAUUCCACUGGCAUGGAGUCAGUAUCUGCUCCGCUUUAGAGAGAUGCCUGAAGCACCGGUGACCUGUCAGGGAUCAAACAGCCAGUAUUUAUCAGAGGCACGACUUCACUUCCUGGUGGUAUCUCUAGCCACUCUUCCCAACUGCCUCUGGCAAAAGCAUCUUUAUCCCCAUUUUCACAAGAUGACAGAACUGACACCUAGAAAGAGGAAGCCCUUUGCCCAAAGUUCCUCCUCUGGGAGUGUCAGAGUGGAGACUAGAAGCCAGAGAAUUCUGAUUCUAAGACCAGUGUUUCUGCCAUUGUGCCACACCAUGUCCUUUGGUACUGGGAAGUUUAUUUAGUAAUAUUGGGUUUUGGUGUCCAAGCAGAUCAGCAACCAGCAGUGUCCAAGCUCUGAUUGAAAUAGGAACAUCAGAACCAGGAUAAGCCAUUUACUUUAUUUUUUUGAUUUUUGAUUUUUUUUUUAAUAAAAACCCUUACCUUCUGUCUUAGAAUCAAUACCAUGAAUGGGUCCCAAGACAGAAGAGUGGUCAGGGCUAGACAAUGGGGGUCAAGUGACUUGCCCAGGGUCACACAGCUAGGAAAUGUCUGAGGUCAAAUUUGAACCCAGGACCUCCUGUCUCUGGGCCUGGCUCUCAAUCCACUGAGCCACCCAGCUGCCCCCAAGCCAUUUACUUUAAAUAAGUGUUGUAGGUGGUCAUUUGCAUGUUUUCAUGGCCUUGGUCUCAAAAGGCCCCUAUAGAAGAAAUGGUGAAACAAGAUCCCCAGAUUUUCCUUGUGACAACCUUUAUGAGAUAAUGGAGUGUUCAUGGAGUGCUAUCAGUCGUACAGGAUUCAAGAGGCUGUCUUGUCUAGUCUGAAGCUAAGAAAAAACGAUCAGACCACUUCUCCAGCCUAUACCUCCCAUUUUUUUAUGGUGUCCAAAGUAAACCCCUGUCCCCAGUGUUUGGAGUCACAGUGCACCUCAGCGACGUGUCUUGUCUUCAGUAACACCCUUUAUCUACGGUUUUGCUCUCAGUGAAAAAUGGACUAGUCUCUUUAGUACCCACUGCUCCUUCCCCUCUCCCCAAGGAGCACUCCAUGAGUUAGAAGAAGGCUUUAUCUAUUCUGAGAUGAAAAUGAAUCCGAGGCUCAGCAAGGGCACAAACUAGCAUCUCAUUUGGUAAGAAAAGGAGACGGUACCCGAGGAGCCAUUCAUCAUGCCUGCUUGGCUUAUGCUGAUCCAAUCGUAAGGCUGGGCCAAAACAUUUAGAAUGAGAACACAUCCAGCCAUAAUCAACAAAAUGACUUUCUCCAUCUUUCUUGGCACUGUGUUCUCAAAAGCCAGUCCAGGUCCCUUCUAGUACUGGACACAACUCAAGAAGGUCACUGAAAAGCUUGGGCUGUGUAAGGAAUGCUUGAACACUAUUCGCAGAAUUACAAGCUUAGAGCUGGCAGGAAACUUCAGGCUCCACAACAAGGGAGCCCCUUGUUUAACAGAUGAGGAAAUUGAGGCCCAGAGAAGGAAAUGACUCGCCCAGUUACCCAGGCAUUGAGAGGCAGAGCUGGGAUUUGUCCUCAGGUCUUCUGACUCCAAAUCCAACACUUAUUUUAAUGAGCCCAUACUGCUUCUAUGAUAGUGUUACUAGUCCAGGGAAAGCUAUAUAAUGUCAUCGCUGAUUGACAAUGUUUUUAUAGUACUAACUGUUGUUCUCUGUAACAUUCUGCCCAAGCACCAUUUCCCUGGAGCUGCUUCACUACCGCAUCAGCAGGGUCUGUAACAUGUACAGGGUUGCUUCUGCAUGGCGUGAGUGUGGAAUUAUAGAUGCUCUGCCUUCACCACCUGUAUGCCAUUUACUUGGGCCUCAUUCAUUGUCCAGGCUUUUGAGUUUGAUACUUGCUUUGUGUGAGAGACUAAUGAAGUCUUCUGAGGACAAAUGAUAACAAAUCAACUUGCAAACUUUAAGGCACUAUAUACAUGCUAUCAUCAUCAUCAUCAUUACUAGACUUUAGUGGAGGAAAAGCACCACAAUACAAAACAGAGUCAUUCAGUCAGUCAACUACAAUUUAUUAAUAAGCACCUACUAUGUAUACCAAAAAAGGGUAAAAAUACAGACAAAAAAAACAGUCUGUGCUCUCAAGGAGCUAGGUCUAGUGAAGAGACAACAUGCAAACAAUGAUGUACACCUGAGAUAUCCAGGGUAAAUAUCCAGAUAAUCUCUGAGGGGAGGCACUAAGAUUAAGGAGGACUAGAAAUGACUUCUUGCAGAAGGUAGGAUUAUGGAUGAAACUUGAAGGAGCUAAAUGAAGGCUACUUUUUAUUUAUUGUACUUUGAAAACAAAAACGAUUCCAUUGUUCUUUUCAUCUCUUGGUCCCAUGGUAUAAGGAACAGUUUCCUUUUGGAAAUGUAAUUUUUGCUCAUCAAAGUCUCUCUAAUGAGCUGUUAGAGAUUUUGAUGGAAGAUGGCAGCUUACUUCUUUGGCAAGCCAGUGUGUAAUAGGAGAAGCUGUAACUGUGGCAGAUAAUGCAGAAACCAGAGGAAGAAUCCAGAGCCACAGUUUCAGAUCUUUGGUCUAUGACAGCGUUAUACUUCCCAUAAACUCUGUAAAGGAAAAGAGAACUGUCUUUGGCUACUAAGUUUCUGAGUGGGCCAGUUGCUCCAAUAAAUGCAUUUAUUGUCAGGGAGCUGAAGACAUUAGAGGGGGAAAAGAUCAAACCAAAUUUGGAAAUAAUCUGGAUUAUCAGACAGCAGCCACAGGCACUUUUUUCACAAAGGGAUGGGGAACAUUCUAUAGUGGUGCACUCCUGGUUUGGUCUGUACUGUAUGUUUUUAUGUACUUGAUCUGUGCCUAUUGUUGUUAUGUGGUUCAAUUUGUUUUGUUUUUUACUGGAAAAAAAUGCAAAGUGGAAUAAAUGACUCAGUUGAACAAGA